ACUAUCUUCGAACUGAUUCUUACCUGGAAAGUUUUUCAUCUUCCAUUAAGUUGUUAUAUUUCAAAAUGGCGAGAUACGGAAACCAAGGCGUUCCAGUGUUAAGCUUUCAUAAUCCAGCAGGAAUGAUUCUCUAUCCUAAAGGUCUAAACACAUACGCCAUGGGAAAUACAAGGGCUCGAGACGUGACAGAAUUAUUAGGAACCUCGAAAGAACAACACCUGGAUUUGCUGCUGCUAGCGUCUGGCGAUGUAAGGAAUUUUUUGUUCACUGUAUCCGAGCUAUCAUUGAGGAGACCUCACGAUCGUCCGAGGAGUUUAAGUUUCCAUUUUAACGACUACGACCCAUCGGUGAUUGCUCGCAAUGCUGUGCUCAUACAAGUCGCGAAUGAGAUAAAUCCUGAUAUCCCAGCUGAUGUGGACUUCUUGUGGAAUAUCUGGUAUAAUUUGGCUCUUUCUCAGGACAACUUUGACCGACUGCAACAGGUAAUGUGUAGAUUGCUUGCGAAAAAAUUUGACAGCGCAGAAAGUAUCUUGAAGUUUGAAGAUGGCGCUGUUCUCCGGGAAUGUUUCGACAUUUGGAAGGAUUGGAUGACUCUUGAUCUUGACGUAAGAAAGGUUAAGGAGGAAAGAACCACACUGAUUGAAAGCAAAAUGCAAGAACUCAAAUUUGACGUGGAUGCUCAGUGUUUGGGUGUACUAUCAGAAAUGAUGAUGGGACUUAGUCAAGAAGCAGACACGCAAUUUUUCGAAGCAACUCAUGCGAAUCCAUUUUAUACGGAAGUAAAGCACUGGUUUUGCGAAGGUUCCACUUCGAAUGAGUCCGCGAGGACAAAUCCAACCUUGAUUCGUCCAUUUGAUCAUAAAUGGAGGUUACAUUAUAAUUCUUGUGUGUUUGAAAGUUACUUGCCAAUCGAAAGGGACCAGCUCUUACGAUGUAAAUCUCUGACGGCAGCUUGCAAAGAAAACUUGAAACUGAUGCUGAAACGCUUCCAGCGACAGAGGAAGAACAAGCAAACUUUUUUGAAGGUUACUCUGUGGACAGGCGAUGCACUUGCUUUGUGUACAAGUGGCUUUCCUCCAGAAAUGUCAUUCGACGUUAUCGACACAAGUAAUCUCAGCGAUCACAUUGGUUUGCUAAAUGUUCUUGUUUGCUGUGCCCCAAGGUUGAAAGUGCCGAACAGAUCUCUCUUGUUUACAUCAAGCAUGCUAUGGUGUGGAGGUUGUGAAAAUGUGGCGGAAUAUUACAACAAAUGUGUUGGUGUUCCUUUCCAACUUCUUCCCACUAUUCUGGGCUUGAAGCUGGCUGUAGAAAUUGAACUGGGAAGCAGCAAACUUCCUGACAAAAUGGAAACUUCAGAGGAGAUUCUUUGCUGGGUGAAGGCGGACAUUAGGAGGACUCUAUUGGAAAUAGACAAAACCAGUGACGUUGUACAAGGCCUAUUUCGGCUCGCAGAGCGAUGCUUUGAUUUGCUGAAUGAACAAACAAAACCACUGGUGGAUGGACAGACCUUCAUUGGGAGUCAGGUGUAUGGCACAACCCUGUCGUCACCUCUUACAUUCCUUCGAAUCAUUCAUCAGAUACAACCGCUUGUUAAAGGAGGAGCCGACCGACUAUUUGAACUUCUUGAAACACUUUUGCCACCUGAGUUCCACAAAAAGCACAGUCUGUCUUGGAAUUUUCUCAAAGCAUCGAUCGGGAAUGAACGAGGGCCCGUAGUUGAAAUAAAGGUUAACUGUAACAUGACGGUGCCCUCUUGGUACAAGGGAACACCAAUGCCAAUGAUUUGCAUCGUGGAACCAAGCAUGAUUCAUCAGUUUAAGGCACAGAUGCUCUCUGGUCAGAUGAGAUCCACAGAAACGAUAUUUCCAUCAAUUUACAACAGCUUACGUUAUGAUGACAAAGCCAAUAUUGUAACAUUUCAUGCUAGUGAGAAAGACUGGAACGAGAUGAAGUCAAAUGCGUUCAUGUGGAUUUUCUCCAGCGACAUGAACCCCGUCGUAAAUAGCGACCCAGUGUUUCUCGGAGGAGAAACCAUUAAAACAAGCCGAUGCGUUGAUCCGGUCAAGAAAUUUGGGUUAUUUUCAGCGCAGGCUUUUACCGUGACCGAAACAGGUGCAAACUGCCAAGUACUCAAGAUCAACAAAGUCGAGGAGAAUACGUUUUCGUAUAAUGAAGAACUUGACAUACUGGACUUACAACAAUGCACAGCCAGCACAAUGAAGAUUAGCUUUUCUCCAAUUAAAUGCCCAGUUGAACUCCAGAUAUACUUCGAGGGAGCAACAGGAAACCCGCUGCAGAUAUACUUUUCAUGUUCUGUGAAUGAGAACUUGGCCAAGUUCCAGAUUUCACGCACGCGCAAAAAAAUACUUUGUCACAUUCCUAAAAGAGAAGAUGGAACAGUGGGCGAGCUAGUGAUACAGAAUGUGGCUCCAGUCCCCUUCCAUACCAUGUUAUUAUGGGAUGGCAAACAGCACGACAAAAAAAUGUUCAGCAAAAUGUUUCGCACAAAGCUUGAUCUUGAGCUUAAGUCUCAAAGAAAGAGUGGUUCGCCGUUUUAUAACCUCAGGGAAUCCAUUACCAUGAUUUUGUGCAAGCAUUCAGAAGAACCUAAGACGCCCUUGGUUCAUUGCGUUGAUGAGCUUGGAAUCAUUGAAGAGCCUUAUCAAACGCAGGACAAUAUGAAAAGGAAGAAGGGCUUUGUUAUCAAAGUACAGGAGAUGUACAAGUGGAAGUUCCUUCCUGUUGCAAAAGUUUUAUUCUGCGAUUGUCAAAGUUUAGCUGACAAGCUUCAAAAUAAUCCAACGGACGUCCAUCUGAUGGCGAAUUUCUUUUCCAACACCUGGUUACACUUGGUGCAUAGAAUUGUGGCUGAUGGUGAGGAGAAGACCCUGCUCCGUAAAAUGCUCUACACAAAUGCCGCAAGAGUAGAUCAGGAGAGUGAAUCUAGUGUGUGGAAGAAUUCCUUUAUUACUCUUUUGUUCCCUAGACAAAGAACUCUUGACUUGUUUGCUGGAUUGUUUAAAGGAAAACUGAAAGACUUCCCUUUUCACCCGUGUUCAUUUCCUCAUCAAGCAAGACAGCCAGGAGAGCAUUCCACCCAAGACAGUUUCUCAGCAUUCCUAGCGGACUUCGCACGCCAAAUGGUUAAUUUUAACAAGGGGCCAAGAGAUACAUCGGACUGUAACCUCUCAGAGUGGGGAUCUCCUCUAAAGGAGCCAGAAUGCGCCUUCUGCCAUUCAAAGGAAGGCACUCUGAAGCGAUGUCUUGGCUGCAAAAGGGUUUUCUACUGUAGUAGAAAUUGCCAGAAAAAGCACUGGAGGGAACAUAAAACAGACUGCCAAAGUAUCUCUUAGAUUAUCGAAUUGACAAGUUACAACUUUCUUCGAUCUUUUUCCAAAGCACACCACUAGCCAUGAAAUUUUACCACAAUUAUUGUUUUCUCCCGUCAUCGAAAUUGAAAGUUCAUGUAUGCAUUCGAAGCUCAUGUUGAGUUACUAAACAUAACAAUAUUAAAUUUUUGUCUAGUUUCAAAACUUGUAAAAGCAUUAGUGAUGAGACAAAACCAAAUGAAAAUACUUUCUUUCUUUAUUUUGUUAAGUUCUCCCUCGUGUUUUGUAAUGACACGAAGCUAAUGUUGGGGCUCUAGUUAGCGCUGUCCAUUAAGCGACAUGUGGCCAAGAAACUAGAAAUUGAUAUCUGACAAGUUAUGUUUGUAAAUGUUUUGGGGGGAAUUUCAUGUUUUGUCAACAGAGUGUGAAGCAAAAUUGUGAGAGCGAGUUUCUUUACGGUUACGACGAAGAUCGUCGUUACAUUAUUCACGAUUUCCUCUGCUGUUCAAACUGCACAGUGAUGCAAUUAGCGAUUUAGCUUAUUGUUUAUGAAAGUCCUUUUAAUGAAGGCUUCUAUCAUUCACUCCAUGUAAAUAAUCAUGAUUAUCAUGUACAUGUGUACCCACCCUUACAGCUGUUGGGUCUCCUCAUUCAUUGUUCAUGAUUUGUAGGAGUGGAUGUUUUUUGCGAUCAGCGAUUCAGCUUUCUUAUUGUUAAUGAAAGUAUUUUUAAUGAAUAGCUUCUAUCAUUCACUCCGUGUAAAUAAUCACGAUUACCAUGUACAUGUGUACCCUUACAGCUGUUGGGUCUCAUCAUUCAUUGUUCAUGAUUUGUAGGAGUCGAUGUUUUUUUGCGAUCAGCGAUUUAGCUUUCUUAUUGUUAAUGAAAGUAUUUUUAACUAAUAGCUUCUAUCAUUCACUCCGUGUAAAUAAUCAUGAUUACCAUGUACAUGUGUACCCUUACAGCUGUUGGGUCUCAUCAUUCAUUGUUAAUGGUUUUUAGGAGUCGAUGCUUUUUGCGAUCGAGUGUCUCAUCCUCUGAGAGAUGCUCUUUGUUUACAAACUUAGAGCAGAACACUCUCAACAGAUGUAUAAA